AUGCCGCGGAGCUUCCACUCUGCGGCGCGGACGGUGCAGGGAGGAGCGGCUGCUGGCAUGACCGCCUCCCCCCCGAGCACUGCGGGCAGCUACUUUGACCUGCUUGCCAACAGCGACCCGCGGGUGGCGUUCGACGUCCUGCACCUGGGCGUCCUAGCCGCCGUUGCGGAGGACGAGGAGGAGCGGCCCCCGCACAGCCCCGUGCCGCGCGCCACCGCCUCGGCAAAAGCCGUCGUCGUGGGCGAAGGGGCGGACGCGCGCUUCGUGAUACCGACGCACCAGCCGGCGCUUGACGCACGACUGCCGCAACCGCAGGACAUCGCCGCCGUGGACGCGUUUCUAAGCUCUACUUCUCCCUCCGCGCUGCAGGACGCGCUGGGGCCGGCGGUGCUGCACGUGGUGCAGAAGUACCGCCCGCAGGUGCUGCGAGAGCCCCAACAGCGGCGACGGCGGCGGCCGCAGGAGGAGGAGGGGGAGGGGGAGCGGGAGCCGCCUGCCCCGCACGGCACGGCGGCAGCGGAAGGCGAGCGCUCUGACGGGGCGACGAGCUGA